AUGACGCGAGGACCGGUUCAAAAUGGCCGUGGUUCGACCCUUACAUUUGGCUUGGAGGUCGAGUUUUUUGCGGCAAUGAAGGAAACUACGUUUAAUCGCUUUCCAAAUACCACCCUUUCAAGUCUUUUGGGCGAUCGUCUCCGCCCAGUUCGCCUUCACGGCCCUAAUGGCACUGGUGUUGGGAUCAGGGUGGAAGGAGAAGACGAUGAAUGUUUCCAGAACGGUAGCAUUGACUAUUCCUUCUGGAACUUAACGACGGACAAGACAGUGGCCCCGAAUUAUCCAGAUUGGUUCGAGUGCUAUGAAACGCAGCCAAUUGAGAUUAUAUCUCCUCCUUACCCUGUAUACUCUCCACUGUGGGAGCAUGACAUACAACGGAUCUUCACCUCACGAUCUGGGCAGUACAAUCCGAUACCUUACAGAGAGCUCCGGAUGUAUUGUGAACAGAACAGCACCACCGGCCUUCAUGUGCAUAUUGGCAACGGAACGACCCCAAACUCCGUUUUUCCCUUCCACACAGUUCGAAAUCUUGCAAUGAUAUUACUAGUCUAUGAGCCAGAACUGGACAAAUUGCUCGAUACCUCCCCGUCAUGGAAUAGGAUGUUAAAUGAGCCGGUGCGGUGCAUCACGUCAGUGAACAAUCCUCACUUCCAACCUCCAAUUCUCCCACGCGGAUCACCAAGGCCCGUUAUGGCUCUCCACCUUCUCAACACUUGCCCCGAUAUCCGAACGAUCAUCGAUGUACUGAAUCCUCGGCUACCCUCAAUUUCCAGAUCAACUAACCCCCUAUAUUUCAAAUAUAACUUCACUCCCCUCCUCGAUUCUGUUGACGCUCCCAUCUUGCCCGAAAAUCACAUCGGCGACAACAAUGUACGCCCAAAGCGAAAACCCCCGACAGUCGAGUUUCGUCAGCAACCAGGCACUUUGGAUCCUGACACGAUGGUUCACUGGAUAAGGUUCCUUGGGGCUUUGGUCGACUUUUCAGGGAAAAUAGGCUUGCAGCCUCUUAUCGAGUUUCUAGGCCUAGAAGAAUGGCGUCUCGAUACAGCUCCCCCAAAUAAAGGCCCUGGCACUGAAGGACUUGGCAAUCCGAAUUAUACACAGCACAUCUCAACGUACUCCGCGGCCUCUCCACCUUCGCUUUCCGCCUUUUCACUACUCUCUGGGCUCCAGCCGGUAGGAUCACUAUCUCGACUCUUGACCGCGAUGGAAACAGCUCAUAUCUCUCUUGACCCUGAUACAACUCGAUUCUGGCGUCGGAAGGUCGGAACUGACUCUCCGCACAUACCAGCUUAA